UUUUCCUCUGCUUCUCCUCCCCGUGUCCUGAUCCGGGGUGCGCUUCCCUCCCCGGGAAAUAUACUGGUCUCUCGCUGUCGCAGCCUGCGCCCCUCCCACGGAGCCGAAGCCCUGCUCGUCCCGCCCGCAGCUGCCGCAGUCAUGGCUGCUGAGGGAACAGACGAACGCUCGCCUCUGCUGUCUGCCCCCCAUUCGGGAAACGUCACUCCCACCGCCCCUCAGUACUUGCAAGAAAGCAGCCCCCGAGCAGAACUCCCCCCUCCAUACACCACCACCGCCUGUCCAGAUACUGGUGGCAUUCCAGUGAUAAACUGUCGCGUGUGCCAGUCACUCAUCAACUUGGAUGGCAAACUUCACCAGCAUGUGGUUAAGUGCACAGUUUGCAAUGAAGCUACACCAAUCAAAAAUCCCCCAACAGGGAAAAAAUAUGUCAGAUGCCCUUGUAAUUGUCUCCUCAUUUGUAAGGACACAUCUCGGCGAAUAGGCUGUCCGAGACCCAACUGUAGACGCAUAAUUAACCUUGGCCCAGUAAUGCUUAUUUCUGAAGAACAACCAGCUCAACCUGCAUUGCCAAUCCAAACAGAAGGUACAAGGGUUGUGUGUGGACACUGUGGAAACACAUUCCUGUGGAUGGAACUGCGGUUCAACACUCUGGCAAAAUGCCCACACUGCAAAAAUAUUUCCUCGGUGGGUACUGCUCUUCCACAGAGACGCUGCUGUGCAUAUAUUACCAUUGGAAUGAUCUGUAUUUUCAUUGGAGUUGGAUUAACUGUUGCCACCCAAGAUUUUGCAAGGCGAUUUCAUGCAACCUAUGUUUCAUGGGCAAUUGCUUAUCUCUUAGGCUUGAUCUGCCUCAUCCGAGCUUGUUAUUGGGGAGCCAUAAGAGUGAGUUAUCCAGAACACAGUUUUCCAUAAGCUUGCUUACAAGUAAGCAAUGCAGGCGAGAGUAUCUAGCAUUUGUUGAUAACUUGCUCUGGACAUUUUUAAAUCAUUUAUCCUAAUGAAUUCCAUUCUGGUUCAUGUAUGAAGUGUUAAAACUUUGGGAGUCUUUUAUGAAUAAAAGGUCAUUGCACUGCAUCAUAUGCAAAUAAUAGUUUGCCUUGCUGCUAGGUUUUCAAGCUCCAAGUAAUAAAGUCCAUUUCCUCAUGUUUACAUGUCUUAAAGAUAUUUUUGGACUUGUCAUCAAGCAUUAGAUCUAACAUCACCUUUCAUUUUCAAAUCAGUUAUUCCAUUACUUGCUGAUCUGUGAGUAUUACCAAGAAAUGUUUAUAAAUGUUUCUACAAUAGCUUUACAUUUAUACUUACAUUUUAAUUAAACUAUCAAAAUUGCCUGCUUUAAAAUGUAAGCAAUAUGUAUUUUGCUUGAACUGCUUAUUAUAACUUUAACCUAAAAUCAUAGUGACCUUGUUUGGGAAAAGAAUUUGACUGUACCUUGAGACUUGACAUUGACAUUCUUGUCAGUUAAAAACCAUUUUUACAUAUUGUAUGCUUGUUUUUUGUUGUUUGUAGAAAGAUAUACUAUUUUGGUAGUAAUUUAAAAUACAAGAAUGAAAAUAUUUAUUUGUCCACAGUUGAAUAUGUUGGAUAAAUUUUUUUUCCACAAAGAUCACAGCACUUUUGUCUUUUAUUUUUGUCUGUUGUUCUAUUUACCAAUUAUAAAAGUUCUGGUUUAGAUUUAUUAAUUUAAUCAGCUGUAUGUAUUUCUUUACAGAGCCUGGAGGAAGUAUUUUACACAACAUGUUUUAUAAUACAUAACCAUUUAAACAAAGAUAUAUUUACAUUCGGGUUGACUACCUCUUUAUUAAAUCAUAGUAAAUUUUCUUAUUGAGAUAAUUGUGGACUACUUAUAUGUGAAGGGAGCCUGUGAAAUUUUUCACUAGCUAAAACGUUGAGAUUAAAGGUAGUUACUCCUAUGAUUCUUCUCAAAUAUAACUGGUCAGAUAAUUACAAAUUUAUUCAUGAAAAUAUAUUAAAGACCAAAAUCAAUGUAGUUUUCAAAGAAUUCAGUAAGAUUUAAGGAAUCAUAUCUUCCACUGUCUAUCUUUGCAGUUUUGAGAAAGAAAUGGCUUAGUUGAAAAACUAUGUUCUAAAACCUUUAAUGUAGAAUUAAAAAAUGAGAUGAUCUAAGUACAUUAAUUGGCUAUUCCAGGGAUAAAAACAGUAUUUCAAUUUAUGUUCCUGAUUUGUAUAAAAAUGUAAUCAUUACAGAGUUUGCAGUAAAAUAAUGUAAACUUUGAAGAGUAAAUAAUAACUAAUUAUGAGUAAAUGAGGUAGCUCAGGAUUUUAUGUAGCUUUGAAAAUAUAUUAAUAAAGCUUAUUGUUCAAAACUCA